AUGUCAGACCAGCUACAACACCUUCCCUGGAGCCCCGAAGAGUUGUAUGUUGGACCUCCGGCCAAGUUAUUGUUGAGUGAUGGUCGUGAGUUUUACGGUUACUCAUUUGGCUAUGAGGACCAGGAAUCCUUUAACCCUCAGCAUCUUGACACCACCGGAGAACUUGUGUUCUCAACCUCAAUGCUCGGCUACGCCGAAUGUGUAACCGACCCCAACUACUCCGGCCAAAUCCUAGUCCUCACAUACCCCGAAAUCGGUAAUAUCGGAGUUCCCUCCGAUGAUACGGAUGAGUAUGGGCUAUUGAGAAAUUUCGAGAGUGGUAGUAAGUAUUUGCGAGGUUUGAUAGUGUGUAAUUACACGAUUGACCCCAGUCACUGGUUAUGUGUUUCAACAUUUUCUGACUUUUUAAAGCGGAAAAAGGUGCCGGCAAUUUCCGGCGUUGAUACCAGAGCACUGACAAAGCAUCUUAGAACUAACGGUCCACUGCUCGGUAGAAUUAUCAUAGGCAAUUCUAAGCUCUAUGGCCCUUCAUAUUUCAACAGCGACCACACACAACUCUUGAAUAAAAGUUGUUUCUACGAUAGGAAUACAAAAUCUUUAGCGCAGUUGUUACAUUCUGAACAGCUGGAUCAGGUGUCUGGGAACUUGUAUUUAUACUCAUUUCAUACUACAAAUAAUUAUAACAAAUUGGUGUUAAAAUAUACUUUUCAAUCAUCUGAGUUUGGUUCCCUUUUAAACCAAUUGAAGAGAUCUGAUUUCCACACAGUUUACCAUAAGAAUUUGACCUUCAAUAGCAUGAACCUGACACAGGAUUUAGUGAGCAAAUUUCUAACCUCAGACACCAAUUCUGUUAUGUUACUGGUUGUGGUAGAUUUGGGAAUGAAGAACAGUAUUCUCCGUAGUUUACUUAAUAAUUGUCCUAACAACGUGAGGGUAUUGGUGGUACCGCAUACUGUUGAUUUCAGUGUUCUUGAUUAUGACGGGCUUUUUCUCAGUAACGGCCCGGGGAAUCCAAAUAACUAUUCUGACCUUGUUAAAACUGUAGGAAAAUGUUUAACUAAGCAGAAACCGAUUUUCGGUAUCUGCCUCGGAAAUCUAUUAUUAGGCCUUGCUGCUGGGUAUAAUUGUGUUAAAAUGCAUAGAGGCAACUAUGGAGCUAAUCAGCCCUGUAUUGAUCUCAGAACUUAUAAAUGCUAUGCCACCACUCAAAGUCAUAUUUACCAACUUGUCACUCAAAAUUCAAAGCCCACGAGAUGGACGACGUUGUUUGAGAAUGCGAAUGAUAAUACGUUGGAGGGGCUGGUUAAUUUGGACUAUCCGUUUUUCGGAGUACAAUUUCAUCCCUUUUCAAGGCCUGUGUACUUUGACCCUGAUGACCCUACCAAAUACCAUGACCUGGAUACUUCCUUCUUGUAUAAAGAUUUUUUCACCUGCCUCCUCAAGAAAACUUUAAUUCCCAUUCAUAUCAGAAUGAUGUCAACUCAUAUCAGAUGCAAACGCAUUCUUUUACUCAGCUCCGGUGGACUUUCCAUAGGUCAAGCAGGCGAAUUCGAUUACUCAGGGAGUCAGGCGAUAAAGGCGUUGAAGGAGAGUGAUGCUAAGAUAAUACUGGUGAAUCCGAAUAUAGCGACGGUGCAGACAUCAAAGGGGAUGGCGCACGUCACAUAUUUCUUACCAAUAACCUUCGAGUAUGUUAAGCAGAUUAUUGAAAAGGAGAAACCCGACGGAAUAAUGUGCGCAUUUGGCGGUCAAACCGGUCUCAACGUCGGAAUUGAACUUUAUCAAAAAAACGUUCUCAUCGACAACAACUGCGAAAUUCUAGGAACGAGUAUAAAGACGAUAAUUGAUACGGAGGAUAGGUAUUUGUUUAAUAAGAAGAUGACGGAGAUUGGUGAGCGUUGUGCGCCAAGUAAGGAGUGCACUAGCAUAGAAGAGUGCGUUACCGUCGCCAAAGAUCUCGGAUACCCCGUACUCAUACGCGGGAAUUUCGAACUCGGAGGGUUUGGUUCUGGAUUUGCGAAUAACGAGUCUGAGUUAUUGGAAAUUGUAACUCGACUCUUCCACAGUAAUCGCGGGAAAACUUCACUUAAAGUACUUUUAAACAUUUUUACAGACACAUGUGUGCAUAUUGAUAAAUCAUUGAAGGGUUGGAAGGAGAUUGAGUUUGAGGUGUUGAGAGACAACAAUGACAACUGUGUGUGUGCUGCGAGUAUGGAGAACUUUGAUCCUUUGGGAGUCCACACGGGUGAUUCCAUAGUCGUAGCACCGGCACAAACGCUUAGUGCCUCAGAGUGUUCUCACCUACGUCAGGUUGCAUUUAACGUUGUUCGACAUCUCGACUUGGUAGGCGAGUGUAACAUACAAUUUGCCGUAAAUCCGUUCAAAUUUGAGUACUUUAUAGUUGAACUUAAUGCCAGGCUGAGUAGAAGUAGCGCAUUAGCAUCAAAGGCUACAGGAUAUCCACUAGCUUACAUGGCAGCAAAAAUCGCGCUAGGAUAUGAUCUAGUACAAAUGAGAAAUAGUAUUACACUCUGUACUACAGCUUGCUUUGAACCCUCACUUGAUUACGUCGUCGUCAAAAUGCCCAGAUGGGACCUACGCAAGUUCGAAAACGCCAAUAACACCAUAGGAAGUAGUAUGAAAUCGGUGGGUGAGGUGAUGGGAAUUGGGAAGACAUUUGAGGAGACGAUGCAGAAAUCAUUGAGGAUGGUGUCGGAUAGUAUUUUGGGCUUUUGUUCAUAUUCAGUAGAAGAUUUAACGAGAGAACAGGUGAUUAAAAUUCUUGAAAACCCAACACCAGAACGUGUGUUUGCAAUUUACAGAGCAUUUGAAUUGGGAAUUACCGUCCAACAGAUAAACGAAUUCACCAGGAUAGACAAUUGGUUCCUAAACCGUCUGCAUAACAUUUACUUAUGCAGUGAGAGGCUGAAGAAGUUGACUAGGAAAGAGGAAUUAACACACAGUCAGCUGUUGUAUUAUAAGGUGUUAGGAUUCUCAGAUCGUCAAAUGUCACUCCUGAUAAAUAAUAAAGGAAAUGUGGUCAAUUUAGUGAACAAAUCUGAGCUGGAAAAGUAUGAAAAUGAGUUUAGAGAUUACAGACUAAAACUCCUUGUCACGCCAAAGGUUAAUAUCAUUGACACUUUAGCAGCGGAGUAUCCAGUGGUGACAAACUAUUGCUACAUGACAUAUAACUCGACAGAACAUGACAUACGGCCAUUAAAUGAUAAAUUAUACUCUAAAAUCGCGGAAACUGUGGAUAAAGAUAGCUCAAGGUCACCGUCAAUGAGGUACAGAGAUGACAAAUUCUCACCACUCAACAAGGAAAAAUAUGACCGGAAAACUCUCGACAAAGACAGUAUAAUAGUGUUGGGGUGUGGUCCGUAUAGGAUAGGAAGUAGUAUAGAAUUUGACUGGAGUGCUGUGGGAUGUAUUAAGACUCUGAGAAGACUUGGGUUCUUCUCCAUCAUAGUGAACUGUAAUCCGGAGACUGUUUCAACUGAUUUUGACGUUUCAGACCGUUUAUACUUUGAGGAAUUAUCUCUGGAAAUUGUAGACGAGAUUUACAGAUUUGAAUGCCCACAAGGAAUUAUUCUAUCCGUUGGAGGUCAAACCGCCAAUAACCUCGCCAUCAAGUUGGGGGAGUUGGGUUUGAAUAUCUUGGGAACUCCGGUGAGUUCAAUUGACAAGUGUGAGUGUCGGAACAAGUUUAGUGACAUUUGUGACAUGCUUGGGAUUGAUCAGCCGAGUUGGGAAGAGUUUACAUGUGUAGAUGCCGCUAAAAAGUUCUCAAACAAAGUUGGAUUCCCAGUACUCGCAAGACCCUCCUACGUACUCUCCGGCGCAUCCAUGAAAGUCAUUUCAUCACACAAAGAACUCGAAUCGUUUUUGCAGACGAGUGCGAUAGUGAACAGAUCGCAUCCUGUGGUGAUAACGAAGUUUAUUGAGAAUGCGAAGGAGGUUGAGAUGGACUGUGUGUCAAAGGACGGCGUGAUUGUUAACUAUGCGAUUUCAGAGCAUGUGGAGAAUGCAGGAACGCACAGUGGUGACGCCACCCUGAUAAUCCCCGCCCAGAAUAUCCACGUUGACACUCACAGAAGAGUUAAGAAAAUUACGCAGAAACUUUCUAAAUAUUUGAAUAUCACAGGCCCAUUCAAUGUCCAGUUCAUGUGUAAAAAUAAUAAAAUCAAGGUCAUCGAGUGUAAUCUCAGAGCCAGUAGGACAUUUCCCCUGAUCACAAAUACGCUUAAUAUUAACUUUAUUGAACUAGCCACUAGAGUUAUGGUAAAUGCGCCCUUCAGAGUUGAGAAUGUACAACUUAUGGACCUGGACUACGUCGCCGUUAAAAUGCCACUGUUCUCAUUUGACAGACUCUAUCCCGCAGAUCCACUACUCGGCGUUGAAAUGAAAUCCACAGGCGAAAUAGCUUCAUUUGGGUAUAACAAGUAUGAGGCUUUGUUGAAGGCGAUGACGGCGAGUGGAAUGAAGAUCCCAGAGCGUGGCGUAUUAUUAUCAUUGGGUAGCACAGUGAACAAGUUCAUAUUCUCGAGAAAGAUUAAGGGAUUACUAUCACUGGGACUGGACGUAUAUGCCACUGAGGGUACCUAUGACUACAUUAGGAAACUUUGGGACUCUGAACAGCUGUUUUACAACUCAGACAAUGAAAUUGACACGCAGUUUAUGUCCAAACUGAACCUUGACGACUUUGAGUUUGACUUUGAACCCACGAGUAUGGGCGAGUUUAAGAAGGUGUUUAAGCCCACAGUUCAAGGCACCUCAAACGGAACUCCAGACGUCUAUGAACUGAUUAGUAACCGGAAAGUUGAUUUGCUUAUUAAUGUCACAGACUCCAUUAACACGCUCUACACUUCAGGCGGAUACAUGAUGAGACGAGCGUUUGUAGACGCUAAAAUCAGCCUAAUCACCAGUACUAAGCUGGCAACUUUAGUUAUCGACGCCAUGCUGUACAGAAAGUCUAAAAUCUCCAAGGGGAAAGAUUUCAUACACAUCAAAUCACAUCAAGAGUAUUUAUCCGAAAAUUGCUAAUCUCUCACUAAUUCCCA